GAAAGCCGAGCUAUGGCCCCUGGUUUUCACUCUGUCAAAGAAAACAAUGGUAUUUCCCUUCCAGCUAUAACCCUAGAAACCUCCAAUUGUCUGCUCCCAUUUAUACCCAUCUCUCUUCAAUCCUUUCCUUGCCAUCGCCUUAAUCAACUAAACAGAGAUGCUUCUUUUCACAUCAUCAUCAGUAUCUCUGUUCUUCUCUUUUUACCUCCUUGUGUGCUGUACUAUUCUAUCCUAGAAAAGGGGAAAGAAAACUAUCAUACAUACUUCUACCUCUAACGCUUGCUUCUUUCUUUUAUUUUUUAUUUCUCUGUUUUGGUACGUAAAACUUUGGAUAUAUCAUAAUUUUGCGUUUUCUGCAACACCCAUCUUUGUUUUGCUUCUAUUUUGGCUGAAUUUUGAGCCUUACCCACCUUGUGUCACUUGGUAGUGAGCUUAAUUAUCGCAUUUACUUUGAUACCCAUAUAGCAAUUUUUUGUUUUUGGUUGACGGGGGAAUUUUUUGAGGGUUCCCAUUUGAGGAAUUGUUUGGCUGAAUGGGGAUUGAGACAAGUCAGGCUAACAAGAAGGAAAAGAAGUCUUGUGAAUUGGAGAAAGAAAAGAAUCCAAUUCUGGACCCGUAUCCAAAUCCAAAAACCAAUACGAAUACCAAAGGGAAGAAGAGCCGGCGACGGCCCCACAAGAAGGCGGUGGUGGUAUCGCCGAUUCAAAAACUGUAUGACACCUGCGAGGAAGUAUUUUCCGUUGGUGGCCCUGGAAUUGUUGCCCCUCCUGAUAAAAUCGAAAAGCUGAGGGCGGUUUUGGAUGACAUCAAGCCAGAGGAUUUUCGUCUGAAUCCGGAGAUGCCAUAUUUUCGUCCACUUACUGCUGGGAGAACCCCUAAAAUAAAAUACCUGCAUAUCCAUGAAUCUAACAAUUUCUCGAUGGGUAUCUUCUGUUUCCCGCCAUCAGGUGUGAUACCCCUUCAUAAUCAUCCUGGAAUGACUGUUUUUUGCAAGCUACUAUUUGGGAAGAUGCACAUUAAAUCAUAUGACUGGGUGGUUGAUGGCCCUUGCAAUGCGUCUGCUGUGGCGAAUCCUUCUGAUGUGAUGCAGUCUGAUAUCCAGCAACCACCAGUGCGACUGGCUAAGGUCAAGAUAGACUCUAACUUCAUUGCACCUUGCAACCCAACCAUCCUUUACCCUGCUGAUGGAGGCAACAUGCACUGUCUCUCGGCAGUGACAGCAUGUGCAGUUCUAGACGUACUGGGCCCCCCAUAUUCAGAACCUGAAGGAAGGCAUUGCACGUACUACUAUGACUUUCCAUUUGGCAAUUUCUCAGUUGAUGGGGUUUCUGUACCUGAAGAGGACAGAGAAAGUUAUGCAUGGCUUCAAGAGAGAGGGAUGAAACCUGAGGAAAUUGCUAUGGAUGCAGAACUGUACGGAGGCCCGAGCCAAAGCCUUCUAAAUUGAAACCUUCUGUGCCUGUUCUCAUGGCUGCUGCCCAUUUGUGUGUAGCAGAUAGAGUUUUUCUUCAUUUAAACUAUUUGGUUUAGGUCAUUUUCUUUUUUUUUUUUUUUUUGGGUUUUCCAUGUGGAACAUGUGGCAGGCACUCGGUGCCUUUUCACUCUACAGUCUCUGUACAUAAAAGGUUAAAAAAAAGGGAAAAAAAUGUUGUAGGUGCACCGGAAAGAGGUUGAUAGGAGAGUGAGAAAAGUUAAAAAGUGCACUUUUUUUGGUCACUAUCAUCUCUUGACAGUUAACCAUUUCUUCCAUUUCUUAAGGUUUUGUUUCCUUAGAUUUGCAUAGCACCAACGUUUGGUACCUGGUAAGGUUUCAGGGUAUUUUGUUGCAUGGUUUUUGGUACUUGAAGGACAGACAGGGUGCUUCUUUUAUUGGCAAGUUCUAAAAUAAUAUGGCUCCUGAGAUCCUCAACACUGCCCUGUUUCUGAUGCAAUUGUUCUGCUAUUGUGCUCAUUUUUUUGGAGACAACGUCUCCGACCUUGAUUGAAUCCUACUUUUUGGGAAUUUUUUUUAAGGGAAUUGGGUGGGAGGGAGGGUGUGAAUAUGAGAGUCUCAGUGAGUGUGACAAGGUCCACCUUGUUGUGGUGGAAUAGACCUCUCUGUGUGCUGCUCAUCUCUUUUUUAGUACGUGAUAUUAAUAAAAGAAUAAUAACAAUCUUUAUUGUGAUUUA